CAGCUGUUUCACCAAUCCUGAACUCUGUUGUCCCCGCCUAUCCUCUUGGACGACCUCUACCUCUACAUCCAGUCUUAAGCGCUAUGUCAAGACCGUACGUUGACCGGCAGGACGCCCGAUGCAGGACAGCUACCUGACGGUCACGAUGAGGAGAAGCAUUGAUGCAGAUGGCUGAUGAUCGAUGAGGGUCCUACGGGGCCACCUGCCUCUACUCCAUCCUCGACCAAAUCGUCGCUCCCUAGUGCGCCAGCGCCAUCUCAAGAUCUCAUAUGCCGACCAUGAUUGUUCUCUUCCGGUCAUGCGAGUCUCCAACCCGUUGGUCUGCCCACGUUGCCUUCAGCUAUAUGUUCGUGUCGUACUUCUUCUGUGCACGGUGCCAGCCCUCCAACAAGGCUCCUCUCUCUCUCCCUACCAAUGCCCACCUCUCGUCAUGCAACCCUCCCGCGUACCACCAUGUGUCAUCAAGACCUCACACAUUGGAAUACCGUCUUUUCCCGGGACGCUCUCACAAAAGUUAUGGAAUGCCAGAUCCUGCUGUCGUCGCUCAUGGACGAUGCAUUACAUAGGCUUGAAUGUUAGAGGGAGGAUGCUCAAAUCGAGAUACUGUCUCUAUCUCUGCCUGGAUCACACAUUUCGAAAUUCAAUAGGCCAGGCUUCAUCACUUACGCGUCCCUCCAGCCAUUUCUCCCCCACACGCGUUACAGGGAGGAUGUUCUUGUCCCUUCCCUAUCCUCGCUAGCUUACCGUCGCCGCUACCUACCGUCCCAUCACGUUCUAUUAUUUCUCGUCCGGGAUCUUGCUUCAAGUCAUUUCACAAUAGGCCCUCAAUCACCCUGUAUAGCACGCCUUUGAUAUCAGCGAUCCCCAGAAUAAAGAGGAUGGCGCACGGAAGCUAUGAAAUUCGUCCGCUUAAUUUUACCAGGAACCAAGUCUUUUGUCUACCUACA